AAGGGGAUACUUCAUGAGAAUGGGAACAUAGUUGCCAUAAAGGUGCUGAAUUUACUGCACCGUGGCGCUUUGAAGAGCUUCAUAGAUGAGUGCGAGGCUUUUAGGAACAUCAGACACCGCAAUCUUUUAAAAGUACUGACAGUAUGCUCAGGUAUUGAUUAUUAAGGUAAUGAUUUUAAGGCUUUAGUUUAUGAAUACAUGGUCAAUGGAAGCCUAGAAGAUUGGCUGCACCCAUAUCCUAGGCAAGAUGGGGGAAACAGCCAUACCAAAAAAUUGAAUUUUGUUCAGAGGAUAAAUGUUGCUAUUGAUGUUGCUUCUGCGUUAGAUUAUCUUCAUCACCAAUGCCAAAGACCCAUGGUUCAUUGUGAUCUAAAGCCUUCCAAUGUCCUCUUGGAUGCUGAGAAGGUUGGGCAUGUUGGCGACUUUGGUUUAGCAAAAUUUCUCCUCAAUACCUCCUCUAAUGCUUCAGCCAAUCAGAUGAGUUCUGCUGGUGUAAGAGGAACAGUUGGGUAUGCUGCUCCUGAGUAUGCAAUGGGAAGUGAUGUUUCAAGAGAAGGAGAUGUCUAUAGUUAUGGCGUGCUCCUACUAGAGAUGUUCAUAGGAUUGAGCCCAACAAACGAGAUGUUCAAGGACAACUAUAGUAUUCGCAAUUUUGUUGCAGAAGCUGUGCCUGAACGAGUCUUGGAGAUUACUGAUGACAUUCUUCUGCAAGAAAGAGAGCAGUAUGAGCCCCAGUGGUCCUCUGUAUGGGCAUUGCCAGACAAAAGACAUAAUUCAAGAGAGUUUGGCGACAUUAUAUGA